UUGUGUUACGCCUAAAAUAGUUCGAUUCAAACCAAGACAACCAUAAAUAUAUUUAUUGACACACACUUAAAAAACACAUCAUUACUAUCAUAGCACUGUAUUUGGUUGCUUUGGUUGUAUUUGGCGCUUUCAAGAUAUUAGUGUCAACAUCUUCUAAAAUGAAUAAUAAAACAGCCGUGUUGAUAUUACUAGUCGGCGGACGGAUUAUGUUGACGGAAGUAGACGUGGAGUUUGUGAUGAGCCAAACCUACAGUAUUCACUGACAUAUCUAUAACGUUUAGAUGUCCAGGCCUACAUCUUGCAGAUAAGUGCUAUUAAUCUGGCUUCGUAGUUAUUUGGAAGAUGUUCCUGUUCUAGGUUGUUAUUUGUCUGAUUUAAUGGAGAUCUUGUUGUCACUAUAAACCCAAAGGACUGCCGUUCGUUGAUUUAGUGCUCUUAAAUGACAAUUGUUCGGUACAUUCGAAAAUAAAAAAGUCAUAUGUAAUUCAUACUAGCGUUUUUAUAAGGUCAUGACUACAGUUGCGUCUACAGCUGUAUUUGUAUAGACACUAAGUGAAUUUUGUUUAGUCAAUUCUAGUUAAACUAUGGGUAUACAACUUUAAAGUUAUGAAUGCUGGUGACAGCAAAUGCUCUUUUCAACAAGAAUUUGAUGCAUUGGCAGAUUAUAGAGCGACAUAAUAUAAAAGUUCUUUAAUAUACUAUAUAGAUCGUGUUAGUCCAUGAAAAUGUCUCCUGUUCCUGUCAUUCCUAUUAUCAUCAACUGUUUGAUGUCUGCAAUGGGGUGCAUUGCAACACUUAAACUUAUUCCAGCUUUUAAGGAACAUUUUAUAUCUGCAAGACUGUUUGGAAUGGACUUAAAUAAAACCACCAAAAAUCAAGUGCCUGAGUCACAAGGCGUUAUCAGUGGCACAGUCUUCCUCAUCAUCCUUUUCCUCUUCAUCCCUGUGCCCUUCCUCCAGUGCUUUAUGGGAGAGCCAUGUCAACGGUUCCCUCACAAUGAGUUUGUGCAGCUCAUUGGUGCAUUGUUGGCCAUCUGCUGUAUGAUUUUCUUGGGCUUUGCUGAUGAUGUUCUGAACCUACGAUGGAGACACAAGCUUCUGCUGCCCACUAUGGCUUCUCUUCCUCUCCUUAUGGUCUACUUUACUAACUUUGGUAACACCCUAAUCGUCGUUCCCAAACCUUUCCGGGUGCUGCUAGGGAUGCAUCUCGACUUGGGCAUUUUGUAUUAUGUUUAUAUGGGAAUGUUGGCUGUGUUCUGCACAAAUGCUAUCAACAUUUUGGCUGGUAUCAAUGGCAUUGAGUCAGGACAGGCUCUCUUUAUAUCUGGGUCCAUCAUCGUCUUUAAUUUGCUGGAGCUCAAUGGAGACUACAGAGAUGACCACGUUUUCUCUUUGUACUUCAUGAUUCCAUUCUUUUUCACCACGUUAGCCUUGUUCUACCACAACUGGUACCCUUCCUCUGUGUUUGUGGGAGACACAUUCUGUUAUUUUGCAGGAAUGACGUUCGCAGUGGUUGGAAUCCUCGGUCACUUCAGCAAGACCAUGCUGCUGUUCUUCAUCCCCCAAGUCAUUAACUUUAUUUACUCUCUGCCUCAGCUGUUUCACAUUAUUCCCUGCCCCAGACAUCGUCUGCCAAGGCUACAGUCAGACACUGGAAAACUUGGCAUGAGUUAUUCCAAGUUCAAACAGAAAGACCUCGGCAAAUUAGGACAACUUAUUCUGAAGGUGGCAGAAAUGUUAUGGCUUCUGGAUGUGCAUAGGGGACCGGAGGGAGAUGAUGAGUUUAUUGAGUGUAACAACAUGACCCUUAUCAACCUGGUACUGAAAAUACUUGGACCUACACACGAGAGAACACUGACUGCAGUCAUGUUGUUUAUACAGGUCUUGGGAAGUGCUGUGGCAUUUGGAAUCCGGUAUCACCUUGUGCGUCUUUUCUAUGACAUCUAGAGCCCUCAAGCUCGAUGUUUAAAACCCUGAGAGACUUGACAACCUGCUGCUUUCAUUUUAUGGAAACCAUAUUCCACUGAAUAACUGUCUGUUCUCUAUAAACUAUGGGAUCUUUCUACAGUGCAGCUCAUUACUGUUGUCUAUACAUCUGGAAAUUUGACAGACAACAAAUUAUUCUCAUUGGGAUUUGAACAUCAGAACAUUAUGGACGACAUGUCUCUGACUACUUAUAAAGAACAGUGUGAACCGAAAAGCACAUUCUGUUUUGGAAUGGGAAUAUUGGUGAUGCAGGGAUGUAGAAAUUAGGAUGUAUUUUUUUGAGGAGGCUCAGAGAUUAGUUGAUUUUCACAUUUAUUUUUCUGUCUAAUAAUUUUCUUCAAUUCAUUUGAAUAAAUCAAUGUGACUAUGGACCACA